AAAAACCUUAAAUUUGAAAAGAAAAAUUCAUUCUGUAUUUACUUUUUUAUUUUUGUGGACUGUUGAGAGUGUUUUACAUUUAUUAAUUGAAACGAAUGCAUGGAUUUUUAUGUUUUCAAAAAUUAAUAACGUCUGCAGUAAGAACAUUGAGUAAUUCAAAUAAUAGAGGGUUUCAUUGUUCACCUCUGAGAAUGGCAUCACGUCUUGAUAACGUUCCGCUGGUAGACAUCGAUACGUCUGGCGUCUUUAAAUAUAUAUUGUUAAAAGUUUACGAAAAAGUCACAAAUAAUCAGGAACCUGAAAUAACUAUAUUACGAGGGUACAAACGAUGUAAUUAUCAUUCCGAUAUUUAUGAAGAGGUACAAGCCAAACUUGCACCACUUGAUUGUGAACCCUUGGGUGGUGGAAGAAUCUCAUAUGAUCCACAAAGCAAAAAGAUUCACAUCUAUGGAUACUCUCAAGGCUAUGGUAAAGCAGACCAUGAAAUUGCCGCCAAACUAUUGAAGGAUGUUCUACCUGGCUAUGUUAUUACAAUAAGUGAUGAGGGGUACUAACUAUACCAUAAUAUGUCUUUUUUCCCCCGUGGAUUGGUACUGAGUGGAUAUGUCUAUAAAAUACUCCGUAAUGAAAAAAAAUAUUGAAUAUUUGUCUUUUAACCAUACAAUACCAGUAAAUGCACUUCAUUUAAUGAUCAAAAGAAAUUAUUUUUACUAAUUUAUUAUUUGCAUGUUACAGUAAUGUAGCAGCCGAAAAUCCUUGUGUAUGUGAAAAGUCUACAUAGUAAAAUUUGAGGAAUUUUGUAAAUUACUUAUAUAAUAAAAUGCAUUGAAAGUCGUAAA